AUGUCAACGUCUGGAGUAAGUGUUAAUCCUGAUGUCCAGCGAUCAUUUCAACGUCUUUCGGAUAGUAAAGAAUACAGAUAUAUUCUUUUUAAAAUAGAGGAUCGUGAGGUGGUUGUUGAAGCUGCCGUAACUCAAGAUGAAUUAGACCUUACUGUGGAUGAUUAUGAAACAAAUUCAAAAGAAGCAUUUGGACAUUUCGUAGAAGAUUUGAGAGAAAGGACAGAUAAUUUCAAAGAUUGCCGAUAUGCGGUCUUUGAUUUCAAAUUUACAUGCUCGAGAGUUGGUGCAGGAACUUCGAAAAUGGACAAAAUUGUUUUCCUUCAAAUAUGUCCUGAUGGUGCAUCAAUUAAAAAGAAAAUGGUUUAUGCUUCAUCAGCAUCAGCAAUUAAGGCAUCACUUGGUACUGAGAAAAUUAUUCAAUUCCAGGUAUCCGAUGAGUCUGAAAUGUCACAUAGAGAGUUGAUUUCAAAGCUUACUGAGAAAUAUGGCGACCGAUAA